AUGAAUGAAGACACGGAUUUUCCUCCUGGGCAUGGGAACUCUCAAAGCAAGUCUGGCAUCGGCGGCAAGGAAAGUGCUCAACAAACAAAUGAGGAACAGCCAGAGGAACAUUUCCUUAAAGUUGCCGAUUCCAAGAUUGCAGAUUCCAAGAUUGCACAAGCCUACUUCAUCCCUGCAACGCCGUAUUCCACGUGCAUGUGCUCCAUGCCGUGCGAGCAAAUCAAAGUGCACCGGAGAAAAGCCCCGGUGCCAGCGUUGCACGAUGCUGCAACACAAUUGUCAGUACCCAGCGAGAAAAUGGGAUGA